AUGUUAAAAGUUUUAAUAUUAACAAUUGUCGUCGGAAUUAUCGUUUGGUAUAAAUGGAGAAAACGAUUGAUGUCUCAAUUGAAACGAAAUGGUAUCCCAGGACCAGAACCGCACAUACUUUGGGGUAAUUUUAAAGAAUAUCAAAUUAAAGGUUACGCCAAAUGUCAUGAAGAAUGGAUCAAAAAAUACGGUCGUAUUGUUGGUUAUUAUUUGGGCGGAAAACCGUUUGUAUUGGUAGCCGAUCCGGAACUACUAAAAGUUAUACAAAUCAAAGAGUUUCACGAGUUUUCCAAACGUCAACUAUUGCUUAAUGAUAGCGGUUUGAAUCCAAAUCCACGAUUCAAACACAGUUUGAUCUCUUGUAAAGACAGUCGUUGGAAACAAAUGAGAAGCAAUCUGUCGCCGACCUUCAGCGGUGCCAAACUUAAACAAAUGACACCAAUCAUUGAGUCAACAAUCAAUAAAUUCUUGUCGAGAGUGGCUGAUAAUGAAAGACAGCGCCAAGAGUUUGAUAUCUAUGAUCUGUUUCAAGGCUUGACUAUGGAAACGAUAGCCAAAGCGGGCUUCGGGUUUGACUCUGAAUCUCAAACAAAAGAUGAAGACGCCGUCAUUGAGGCCGUUAAAGCCGUAUUCAAUGUAAGCGUCGGACAGGUAUUGCUUUUUCUAUGGCUAGUGUUUCCCGAAUUUCGGUUUAUUAUAAAUCCAAUCAGAAUAUUGAUAGACAAAGUCAAGGAUUACUUUGGUUAUUCAGAUCACGGAUUUCUCUUAAAGAUUAGCGACCAAUUGAUUAAACAAAGAAGAGCUAACAAUGGAUCCAAUAAUCAAAGAGAUUUGUUGCAACUCAUGUUGGAGUCUGAGGCAAGUGGUAUGUUGUCUAACGAUAAACUAUCUAUAAGUAGUGAUAUGAACGAUGAUAAUGAUAUUGAAGUUAAAGAAAAGUGGUCUAAAAAGUCAAAGAUGACCGACGAUGAGAUUUCAGCCAAUGCUGUCCUGUUUUUUGAAGCCGGAUAUGAGACAACCAGUACAGCACUCGGCUAUUUGAUGCAUAUUCUAAUCAAUAAACAAGAUAUUCAAGAAAAGGUUAGGCAAGAGGUUAAGGAGUUAAUGGAAACGGAAGGAAAGUUAGACUAUAAUACUGUAACAAAACUGAAAUACUUGGAACAAGUCAUAUAUGAAACAUUGAGAGUCUAUCCACCCGUCACUACAUUUAUAUCGCGAACCCCACGAAAUGAUUUCCACUACAACGGACUGACUCUACAGAAAGGAGUUGACAUAAGAGUUCCGCUCUAUUAUCUUCAUAGAGAUCCAGAACUGUGGACAAARCCGGAAGUGUUUGACGAAAAUCGCUUUUCUGAUGAAAACAAACAUUUGGUUAAUCCAGUAGUUUGGCAGCCGUUUGGUGUCGGACCGCGUAAUUGUAUUGGUAUGCGGUUUGCAUUACUGGAAAUUAAAUUAACUAUUGCUAAGCUAUUAAUUAAAUAUAAAUUGAUUGAAUCAAACAAUACUGAAUUGGGAGACAUUCAAAGAGAUUUCAAAACUAUAUCAAUGACUCCUAAAACUGGUGUCUUUACUAAAGCUGUUCUCAUAUCAACUGACGAUUAAUAUUAUAUUAAUUAAUAACCCAAUUAUAUGUUUUCAUUUUUUAUUGUCUUGUUUUUAUUGGUGAUUAUAUUAUAUACUAAAAUUUUUUUUAA